AUGCGUCUUCAACAUAUCGUACACAUUGUUUUCCUCUAUGGCGCCAUCGCCGCCAAGGAACCCCGCCCAUUCGCGAUCGGUUCGAAGGGUGACCCCAUGCUACGGAAGACACCUGUACCAGUAGCACAACAGCAAAAGACUCAUGGCGAUGCAACUUGA